AUGGCGUCUAAGCUACCGAACACAGCUCUUAAUUUAAAACAGUUCCUGUUACGACAAGAGGUCCUCAAGUUAUAUCGUAAUAUCUUCAGAACCCUAAGGAAAGUGCCAGAUGAAAAAACACGAUUGGAGCUAAAAGAAUGGGCGCGAGCUGAUUUUAAAAACAAUAAACAUCAUUGUGAUGAAACUACCAUUAAAUCUAUGUUACAUUAUGGAAAGAAAUCUUUGAAAGAUUUACAAAGAUCACUUGCGUUGAGUGAAAGC